AUGUCGCAUCCCAGGUCGAGGUCCCCAUCGGUCCCCUCUGAGGGUGAGAUUGUCGAAUCAGGCCCAGAGACGAAGGCAACUGCGUCAGACACUCCUCUAAAUGGCACUAGCGUUGACCGUCCCACCAGAGUUAGCCCAUCUGCCGCGCCCAGAUUUCCCGCGUCAUUGAAAAGAAACCAGUCGCCGAGAUCCCGUUCUCGUUCCCCGCCCGGAGCCACCAAGUCCCACAAGCGCAGUCGUGACGAUAUCUACGACAACUAUGACAGUGCGCAUGAUCGGCGCCACCGCGAAGAGCCUUCGCGACGCUACGGGUCCAGAUACGAUGACAGACGCCGUGACAGACCCGCUCCCAACCGGCGCCCAUACUAUGACUAUGACCGCGAAGAGACCCGCGGAGAACCGCUACGGUACAGUGAUGAUUAUGACCGACGCAAGGAUAAGCGGCAGCGCACCCGCAGCCGAUCCCCGUACCGUGAGCCGAGGAAGCCCAAGCGGUAUGACGAACCUGAUUCAAGUAUGGUUGAGUCCAAGCCUCCAGUCGAUCCCGGAAGGCGCAAGCCCACUGAACAGUCGGUGAGGGAACAAGAGAAGGCUUCGUUUGUCGCUCCAGACUUGAAGCGUGGUGCUGAACGAAACAAUCAGGUGCAGGCUUCUUCUAAUCUUCAAGCGCAAGUGGCCGAUGAGGAUUUGGCUCCUAAUCCGGAGAUUGCGUCAGCGCCGGAGCCCGUCGAGCCCGUCAACGAACUUGAUGCACUUGAAGCUCGCCGCAGACGUCGUGAAGCCAUUCGGGCGAAACACCGGAGCCAGGCGACGCCGCUACAUCUCAAGUCACUGAGCGUCGGUGAGACUGACACUGAUUCGUCGAUGACUGGCACCGAGCCAGCCAGCGCCAAGGAAUCUACUGGUUCUCCACAAGCCUCUGCUUUUGAGCAACCCGCGGACUCAACUGGUCUCAAUAUUGGAAAGGAUGAGAACUUCGUUAAUGCGAAUGCUCCUGUCGUUGCUACUGACAAGGACGAGGCCUCUGCUGCUGAUUAUGAUCCGACUCUUGAUACCAAGAAAGAGCAGCUGAAGCAUGUUUCGCAGAACGGAAAGGACGAAGUUUCUUCUGCCGCCUACGAUGAGACCAAGACCACCAGGCAGGACGUUCUCCUCCCCGAUGCCCCCGCGGCUCCACCGAAGACCGAUGCGUUCGAUAUGUUUGCGGAAGACGACGACAUGUUUGCAGAGGAGACAGCCGACGCCCACCCUGCACAUGCUACGGCCACAGCUGUACCCCAGGGCAAGGAACUGGAUGUUAGCAUGAUGGAUAACUGGGACGACUCGGAAGGGUAUUACGCUGUUCGUCUGGGAGAGUUGAUCAACGGACGCUACCAUGUCCGACAGAAACUCGGCAAGGGAAUGUUUUCUUCUGUUGUGCGUGCCACCGACACUAAGACGGGGGAGCUGGUUGCCAUCAAGAUCAUUCGACAGAAUCCCAUAAUGCGCAAGGCUGGUAUGAAGGAGAUCAGCAUCCUGGAGCAGCUCCAAGAAGCCGAUCCGGAAAACAAGAUGCACCUCAUCAAGUUCGACCGACAAUUUGAUCACAAAGGUCACCUGUGCAUGGUGUUUGAGAACCUUAGCAUGGACUUGCGUGAGGUUUUGAAAAAGUUCGGCAGGGAUGUGGGCUUGAACCUGCGUGCAGUUCGAGCCUACGGCCAACAGAUCUUCCUCGGAUUGAGUCUCCUCCGUCGGUGUAACAUCCUGCACGCUGAUCUCAAACCGGAUAAUCUUCUGGUGAAUGAGCAACGCAACAUGUUGAAAGUUUGUGACCUGGGGUCGGCGUCUCUGGCCUCCGAUAACGAGAUCACGCCUUACCUUGUUAGUCGCUUCUACCGUGCCCCGGAGAUCAUCCUAGGUAUCCCUUUCGACUACGCCAUUGAUGUCUGGUCUAUUGGCUGCACUCUCUUCGAGCUGUACACGGGUAAAAUCCUCUUCACUGGCCGAAACAACAACCAGAUGCUCAGGGCGAUCAUGGAGUGCCGUGGCAAGUACCCGCCGAAGCUUCUUCGCCGCGGAACCUUGGCGCCGCAUCACUUUGAUGAGAAGCUCAACUUUCACAGUGUGGAGGAAGACAAGAUAACUGGUCGCCUGCACACCAAGAUUAUCGAGUUCAAGAAACCGAAACCGACGCGCGAUCUCAAAACCCGCCUCAUGGCGCAGGGAACCCGCGGGAUGCCCGAUUCCGAGGUAAAGGAGCUGGGUCAGUUCCUCGAUUUACUUGACCGUUGCCUCAGUCUCAAUCCCGAGAAACGUAUCACUCCGAACGAUGCCUUGAAACACCCAUUCCUGGCCCCCAGGAUGUAA